UCUAGCAGAUAGUUGGGCGCCUUCAGACUAGACAGUAAUGUGAAGGUUGUUGUUGCCAGAUACUUUAAUGAUAAAGGUUAGGGUAAAAAUUCUGCCCUUUAAUUUAUUCAUCCUGUUGCAGUAGUUGCACAAGAAAACUGAACUGUCCAGCUGUUUUUGCUGGCACCCUAAAUUCCUGGUCAUCACCUUCUAUCAUUUUCCCCACAUGUGUCUGUAACACAAAAGGGUACUGUGGAUCCAGGGCAAUGAAGGAUGAGGAGAAGAUGAGGGAGUAAGGGAAAGCCUCCCAAAAGAGAGAAACUGCUGCGGUGUUUUGUUUAAAUCAGUGACUACAGUUUGAAAACAGUUCAAAGCCUGCCAGCUCUGGAGUUUGGUUAGUCCAGUGAUUGCUGUUAUAAGAUACAAUAGUGAUAUAGAUAUCUCAGAGCUCUACUAGAUUGUGAAAUGUUGGUGGGAGGUUGAUGAAACAUCAAAGCAACUCUUUGCUAGCUGUGAAGGGCCCUGUCUUAAGUGGAUUUAACUGGUACCCAGGCCAUCCAAAAUCACUAGACCAGGUUAUUGGCCUAUGUGUCCUUUAACUGUCUGAACUCCAAAGAUGGCUGCAGCAGCAGUUGCUGGAAUUAUCCCUGUGCUUCACUCACUUGCUGGUGAUGAGACCAGUUAUUACAUCGGACGUAAACUGUGGUUUGGCUUUUUAGGGUUAUACGCAUUGGUGAUCUAUGUGGAACGUUUGCCCUGGAUCUCUCUCAGUAGUGACUUUCAGUGCCAUGGUAACAUCUCUGAACCUUGCAUGGGAGAGUGUUUUGAACAACAUUUCAACAAGCCUAUCAUUGGGACCUGGUACUUGUCUUGUUUCCUGUUCCUUUGUGUAUUUCUCCUGAUGGAAUUCUUUGUCUUUCAACUGAGGCACAAACAAGCCAAGGUCAAAGAUGGGCAGGAAAAAGAAGUUGAAUUGAGCUCAAUGAUAGGAGUCCAGGAAGAAAGCCAAAGCCAAAAAAGUGUUCGCAUUAUAGAUUUUCACAUUCAGAAGUCACUUCUGUGCUUGUACCUUUUAAACUUCUUACUGCAGCUGGUAAUCCAGUCUGUGUUUCUGUCUAUUCUGCUCAAUGAUCACCUGCCACGGGUCAAUAACUCCUCUAUAUUAUGUAGCACCAAGCUCUGCCCAGGUCCUUACAACUGCCUGGUGAUGGGAUCAAUGGAAAAGAGGAUGUCAAUUUACACUCUGGCUACACUGGCUAUGUUUAUUAUUAUCUUUUGCUGUGCAUUUUUCAUAUAUAGUAUUCAUCAUUACCUGCUGAAAGGACUAGAAGAGCUGAGAGCUAGAGACUUGUGGCUGUGGGAAGUUUGAUACUGUAUUCAAAGCCACCAAAUGGGUCAAUUUCCACAGUUACUUCUGAAUUGUAGAGAGCACAUACAAAUCUUGGACUUUUUCUUUUCUCCUCUAAUUAUUUUGUUUUCUGAUUUAGUGAUACACAGAAGAUAUCUGCUUUUUUUUUGAUUAAAUGCCAUUGGGAAGCUUAUCAGCAUCUCUUGCUAUUGAGUUAUGUCAUGUAAUAAAUUAUGAAAAUGGUGCAAGU